AUGCCUCUUGGUAUCCUCGAAGACCACAAGCUCGAACAUGUGCCGGGCACAUCACCCCUGAACGAGCUCGGAAGGCAGGAUUUGGAAACCGUGGAUGGGAUUGAUCCCGGGCUGCUCAAGCAUGAUCCAACCGGCCAGAUAGUGCUUGUCCCGCAGCCGUCGGACUCGCCGAAUGACCCGUAUAAUUGGCCGCGGUGGAAGAAGGAGAUGUUCACUGUUGCCAUUGCGUAUGGCUGCGGCUGCGUCGGCGCCGUCGGACCUCUCCUGACAUCCGCCAUCGUCCCGCUCGCCGAAGACUUCAAUAUUCCCCUGCAGCGGUUCACUCUCGGCCUACAAGGCUCGUGUAUUGUCGCUAUCGCAGUUGGUAGUUUGCUACUGAAUACCUCGGCGGUUAAGAUCGGGAAGCGUCCGAUUUACAUUGUCACGUCGCUUGGGUUGAUGGCCACAUGCUUCUGGGCGGCCGAGGCCAAGAGCUUCGCCUCUCUCGCCGCCGCAAGAGCAGUUCAGGGAUUCUGUAUGGCGCCAAUGGAAGCACUAGUCCCCGCGUCGAUUGCGGACAUCUGGUUUGUGCACGAGAGAGGGUACCGGAAUGCUAUAUUUAAUUUGGGUGUACUUGGGGGCAUCAAUUUGGCCUCGCCAAUUGCCGGUGCUAUUAUCCAAUACGGCUCCUAUCGCAUUUGUCUUCAUGCCAUGGGCGGCGCUUUCGCUCUCCAGACCAUCCUGACCAUUCUGUUCAUGCCCGAAUCUGCCUACCGACGCAGUGGCGCUCUCAAUAUUGAUACGGGUGAUAAGGCCGUCGUGGUGGAUGCAAUGACUGAAAAGGCUAAGCUCGAGGUCGAUCACAACGAAGGAUCACCGCGGCAAGAGCUAGGCCCAUCGGAAAUGGAGCCCGUAAAAUCAUUUACGCGCGAGCUCCUGCCCUACGAUGGAUACUGGGACGACGUGUCAUUCUGGAGGACACUUGUCCAGCCUUUCUUCAUGCUUGCGUCCCCCAUUGUAUUGUGGGGCACGUUGUUAUUUACGACAUGCAUUUCGUGGCUGGUGCUUAUCUCCAUCACGCUCUCUCAGAUCUUCUCGGCGCCGCCGUAUAACUUCUCAGUGGCUGCCGUGGGCGCCUCUAAUGUUUCUUCUUUCGUGGCGACUUUAAUUGCAACCGCCGUUGCCGGUCCAUUGAUUGACGGCGUUGCCAAGUACAUGUCCAAGCUGAAUAAGGGCACAUUCGAGCCGGAAUUCCGCCUCCCCGUCAUGAUCAGCUUCCUAGUCUUUACGGCCUCCGGCUUUUUUGCCUGGGGCCAAAGUCUCCACAGUCAAGACCCGUGGCCCGUGCCAGUCAUUGUGUGCAUGGGACUGAUCAACAUCGGCGUCCAGCUCGGGACGACCGGCUUGGUCGUCUACGUCAGCGACUGCCACCGUCUGGAAUCGUCUCAAGCGUUCUCCAUUCUCAAUUUCAUUAAGAACAUGUUUGCCUUCUCGUUGACGUUCUACUGUAAUGAUUGGAUCGCCGUUCAGGGAGUGAGGGAUUGUUUUUUCGUUAUUGGGGGCAUUACCGUGGCGGUUUCGUUGACGACCAUUCCCAUGUACAUCUACGGGAAGAGGGCGAGGAGCUUUACGUUUAGGCAUAGAGUAGUCAGCCGAGUUACUGCACGUGGGUAG